AGCCGGAGCGUGGAAUGUUCGUAACAUUUUGUUGUUGUUUUGGACUUCAUUUAGUAGCUCGGCAGCUCGGCAGCUCGGUCACCCGUCCGUCGGACUACACCUAGCGGGCUUGAGACACCUCCCACCCGGCCUGCUUCCUCCGGGUUAGGGACCCACCUAACCGGACAUAUUUUAUACCUUUGUUUUGUUUUUUUUCUUCUUAUUUUGGUUUUUCCACACAUUUCCAGCCACGGAGUUUUACGCAAGUCCAGAGAGGGUGUCUCCUAUGAGAGAGUCGCCAGUUGUCUGCAUGCAGGGAAUGACGACUCCUUUCAAGACGACUAAAGCUUUAAAGGUCAAGAAGGAGGCGGGCGAGAAUGCCCCGGCCCUCAGCGACGACGAGCUGGUGGCCAUGUCCGUGCGGGAGCUCAACCAGCACCUGCGCGGGCUGACCAAGGACGACGUGGUGCGGCUGAAGCAGCGGCGGCGGACGCUCAAGAACCGAGGCUACGCCGCCAGCUGCCGCAUCAAGCGCGUCACCCAGAAGGAGGAGCUGGAGCGGCAGAAGACGGAGCUCCAGAGGGAGGUGGACAAGCUGGCCCGGGAGAACGCCAGCAUGAGGCUGGAGCUGGACGCCCUGAGGGCCAAGUACGAGGCGCUGCAAUGCUUCGCCAGGACUGUGACCCGCGGGCCCCUGUCGCCGGGCAAGGUGGCCACCACCAGCGUCAUCACCAUCGUCAAGUCCACCAACCACAACAACUCCGGCCACGCCCCGUUCUCGGCGCCGUCCUAGUCUCGACUGGACUGGGCUGUCCUCUUCCUGCCUGCGCUGAGGGGAAGCUCAGUCGUCAAGACUGGAGGACACACAAGGCCUUCAAAGUGGGUCCGGAUCAGAAUGUCGUCCACAUCCAGUACCAGGGCGGCUUUAGGUCCUUCCCUCGCAGUUUACACCACGGCGCAACAUUCCCGACCUUGUUUUUUCGCUCGUGUAAGUGGGGUCGCCGCCUUAAAGCCGUCCUAGCAGAUCUGUUCCUGUCCGAAGAACACAUCAGCGCAGCUUGGAUACUAAAAGAGUCCGCCGUCUUCUUUGAAAACGAUCAUUUCCGAGGGAAACCCGUCCUUUUUGAGCCUUUGAACCGUCUUGCCUUAACGCCUUCCUGUUGACUCCGUCCUGUCAAACAGAGGUUUUGGUUUUUCUUUUUGCUGGAGUUUACAAAUCACUUCCUUUGAGCACUUGAGAGGAAUCUGUCACGUUCGGUUUUUCAACUAAUUGUCAGCAAAAGGAUGCUCUUCAAUUAAGAAUUCAAGGUCCUUAACCAGAGCACUUACUGUGUGAAUGCCGAGAGAAAAGCAGAUACCACUGAAGAAAUACAACUCUGUUCUCUGUGAUAUCACACCUUGUCCUAAAAUGACCACUUGAUGCUAUUUACAUCAAAUUACAUAUAUAUAUUUUUUUAAUUUAUUCUUGUAAUAUUACAACCAUGUUCGCCUGUAACGACGUAUUCAGUGAAAUGACUUUGCACAAUAUUCCAUUUAAAAAAAAAAAAAAAUCUGAUUGACUUUAUCAAAUCCUGGAUCGGUUCGCAGCCGAGUGUGAAGCGACCGGAAUGAGAAUCAGCACCUCCCGGAAAAGGGUGGAAUGCCAUCUCCGGGUUGGGGAGGAGACCCUGCCCCAAGUGGAAGAGUUCAAGUACCUAGGAGUCUUGUUCACGAGUGAGGGAAGAGUGGAUCGUGAGAUCUUCAGUAAUGCGGACGUUGUAUCGAUCCGUUGUGGUGAAGAAGGAGCUGAGCCGGAAGGCAAAGCUCUCAAUUUACCGGUCGAUCUACGUUCCCAUCCUCACCUAUGGUCAUGAGCUUUGGGUCAUGACCGAAAGGAUAAGAUCACGGGUACAAGCGGCCGAAAUGAGUUUGGGUCUCUCCCUUAGGGAUAGGGUGAGAAGCUCUGCCAUCCGGGAGGAACUCAAAGUAAAGCCGCUGCUCCUCCACAUGGAGAGGAGCCAGAUGAGGUGGUUCGGGCAUCUGGUCAGGAGGGAGGUGUUUAGGGCACGUCCAACCGGUAGAAGACCCAGGACACGUUGGGAAGACUAUGUCUCCCGGCUGGCCUGGGAACGCCUCGGGAUCCCCCGGGAAGAGCUAGACGAAGUGGCUGGGGAGAGGGAAGUCUGGGUUUCCCUGCUUAGGCUGCUAACCCCCGCGACCCGACCUCGGAUAAGCGGAAGAAGAUGGAUGGAUGGAUGGAUUUAUCAAAUCAAAUAUCUGUAUUUAUGGACAAAUCAGAAUUUCUAGGCGCACUCAGGGCGUUGAGGAGAUCCGGUUUGGUGGCCGCGGGAUUAGGUCUCUGGUUUUUGCAGAUGAUGUGGUCCUGAUGGCCGCAUCUGGACCAGGAUCUUCAGCUCUCACUGGAUCGGUUCGCAGACGAGUGUGAAGCGACUGGGAUGAGAAUCAACACCUCCAAGUCCGAGUCCACGGUUCUCGUCCGGAAAAGGGCAGAGUGCCAUCUAAGGGUUGGGGGAGGAGUUCGAGUACCUCGGAGUCUUGUUCACGAGUGAGGGAAGAGUGGAUCGUGAGAUCGACAGGCGGAUCGGUGCGGCGUCUUCAGUAAUGCGGACGCUCUAUCGAUCCGUUGUGGUGAAGAAGGAGCUAAGCCGGAAGGCAAAGCUCCCAUCCUCACCUAUGGUCAUGAGCUUUGGGUUAUGACCGAAAGGACAAGAUCACGGGUACAAGCGGCCGAAAUGAGUUAGAGAUAGGGUGUUCCUCUGCCAUCCGGGAGGAGCUCAAAGUAAAGCCGCUGAUCCUCCACAUGGAGAGGAGCCAGAUGAGGUGGUUCGGGCAUCUGGUCAGGAUGCCACCCGAACGCCUCCCUAGGGAGGUGUUUCGGGCACAUCCGACCAGUAGGAGGCCACGGGGAAAGACCCAGGACACGUUGGGAAGACUAUGUCUCCCGGCUGGCCUGGGAAUGCCUCGGGAUUCCCCCGGGAAGAGCUGGACGAAGUGGCUGGGGAGAGGGAAGUCUGGGCUGCCCCCGCGACCUGACCUCGGAUAAGCGGAAGAAGAUGGUUGGAUGGCACUUCAUGGAAGAAAUAUUGUUUUUUUCAUAAUAUUGUGAAUUUUUUCCCGUCAAACAUGAUUCUCGUAUCACAUUGGGCUCGGAAGUUUGCAUCUACCCUUUAUCUCCGAAUUCCUUUAAAACAUAAAUAGAGCAUUUUCAGGCAUAAACAUUGGUAAAUGAGGUAAAAAAAUCAAUCCCAGAGUAUUGGCCACUGGUUAAGACACAAUUAGCGUGCUGUUCAGGAUCGGGGCCUGUGAUUGGCUCAGCCAGAGGCAGCAUUACUAUAUCUGAUUGAUCAAUAUAUUUCAUUUUCAUUUCAAAAAGGCUCUUAAGAUUGUUGACAACUGUAUUUAGAAGGUCACAAACUGUUCGGAAAAUAUUCGAAUCAUAAUAAUUCUUGGCUUAACAAAGAAAAAUUGUAUUGUGACCUUUUUCAGCAAGUUUUUACCUUAUUCCGAGAACACUUUUUGGUCAGUUUGGACUUCCCCCUCUAUUAUUGUGUCAUCAAAGUAAAUAAUAUCUGUAAAAUUUGCUGAUUUUACAACUUAAUUAUUGUAAAAUAACUUUUUCCCUCGUCAAUUCUGACAAUUACUGUCAAUUUUUCAUUACGUUUCAACAUUUUUCUUGUAAUAGUAAGAUUUUGUAUAAUUACAACUGUUUAAUGCACAGUACAUGCCAAAAGUUUGGACACGCCUUCUCAUUUCAAUCUUUAUUUUCAUGACUAUUUACAUUGUAGAUUGUCACUGAAGGCAUCACAACUAUGACACCUGUGAAGUAAAAAAAAACCUUUCAAGUGAAGCUCAUGAAGAGAAUGCCCAGAGUGUGCAAAGCAGUAAUCAGAGAAAAGGGUGGCUAUUUUGAAGAAACUAGAAUUAAAACAUGUUUUCAGUUAUUUCAAUUUUUUUUUUUUGUUAAGUACAUAACUCCACAUGUGUUCAUUCAUAGUUGUGAUGCCUUCAGUGACAAUCUACAAUGUAAAUACUCAGGAAAAUAAAGAAAACACAUUGAAUGAGGAGAAGGUGUGCCCAAACUUUUGGCCUGCACUGUAUUUUUUGUGAUUAUACUAAAAGUCAAUCCAAAAUAUGACUUUAUCCGGGGAUUGCUAUGGUAUGCUGUGAUGCCACUCUUUUUCCCCAGUGGCAUUGAAGGCAUCUUUCAGCAUUCACACGCUAUUCUCUGAGGCAAUUUUAGAGCAGUGUUUUUCAACCUUUUCUGAGCUAAGGCACAUUUUAUUUCCAUUGAAAAAAAUCCGAAGGCACACCACCAGCCGAAAACAUAAAAAAAAUGAAACAGUAAAAAGUCACAAUUGUUGGAUAUGAAUUCAAAACAUAACCAACAUAAUCACUAUAGCUCUUGUCUCAAAGUAGGUGUACUGUCACCACCUGUCACAUCACCCUGUGACUUAUUUGUUGUGUAGUGUUUUAGUUCUCGUCUUUCGCUCCUAUUUUAAUGUUUUCACGCCAUGUACGGAUGUACUUUGUGGACGCCGUCUGCUGCUUCACACGCUGUAAGUCUUUGCUGUCCUCCAGCAUUCUGUUUUUGUUUACUUUGCAGCCAGUUCAGUUUUAGCUUCAUUUUGCAUAGCCAUCCCCAAGCUUCAAAGCCUUUUCUUAGCAGCACUCGCCUUUUGUUUAUUUUUGCUUGAAGCAUUAGAAACCAUUUUACCUGCACCCUGCCUCCCGCUGCCGUCUUCAUAUUGUGAUCAUGACGAACCGCGUUCCCGACAUCCACAAAGCAAUUAGCUAACCUGCUGCCACCUACUGAUAUGGAAAAGUAUUACACGGACACUCAACAACGGCACAUUUGCGGAUUAUAAAUACUGGUUUGCAAAAAAAUAUUUUUAACCCAAAUAAGUCAGGGGUUGGCAAACAGAAAUGUUGAAAGAGCCAUAUUGGACCAAAAAUACAAAAAAGUAAUAUGUCUGGUGCCGCAAAACAUUAAAAGACUUAGAUAUACUCAACUUUGUUCAUUCAGGCACAGUAUAUAAUGUUUGGUGGACAAAAUGAAACAAAGGAGGAGUGGCAUAAAACACGUCUUUCUCUAGCAAGGUCGGAGAAAGUUGUACAUGUAAAACAAACUAUCGAGUCACGGUCCACUCAACGGUGAGUUCAUGGGCCGCUGAAAUUAGUAGGACAAAACGGCGCUCGCCAAACACUCAUCAGUGAAGCAUAAACAUAUUCAACAGUGGGCUUUCUAAUAAUUAAAAAGCUUUUUUUCGUCGUGUUUGUCCUCCUACAGAAACCAUAUUACAACGGAAAAUAUAUUUUUUGCCCCAUCUUAUUUCCAUUUCCAUACAUUUUUGAAAAAGCUCAAAAGGAGCCACCAGGGCCCACACCUGGCUCUAGGGCAGGGGUCACCAAAGCGGUGCCCGCGGGCACCAGGUAGCCCGUAAGGACCAGAUGAGUCGCCCGCUGGACAGUUCUAAAAAUAGCUCAAAUAGCAGCACUUACCAGUGAGCUGCCUCUAUUUUUUAAAUUGUAUUUAUUUACUAGCAAGCUGGUAUCGCUUUGCUUGACAUUUUUAAUUCUAAGAGAGACAAAACUCAAAUAGAAUUUGAAAAUCCUACAACAUAUUUCAAAGACGUGGUCUUUAAUUGUUAAAAUAAAUUCAUUUAUUUUUUUUACUUUGCUUCUUAUAACUUUCAGAAAGAAAAUUUUAGAGAAAAAAAAUACAACCUUAAAAAUGAUUUUUAGGAUUUUUAAACACAUAUACCUUUUUACCUUUUAAAUUCCUUCUUCUUCUUUCCUGACAAUUUAAAUCAAUGUUUAAGUAAAUUUAAUUUAAUUCUUCAUUUGGGGCGGCAUAGCUCGGUUGGUAGAGUGGCCGUGCCAGCAACUUGAGGGUUGCAGGUUCGAUUCCCACUUGUGCCAUCCUAUUUACUGCUGUUGUGUCCUUGGGCAAGACACUUUACCCACCUGCUCCCAGUGCCACCCACACUGGUUUAAAUGUAACUUAGAUAUUGGGUUUCACUGUGUAAAGCGCUUUGAGUCACUAGAGAAAAGCGCUAUAUAAAUAUACUUCACUUUCAUUUUAGCUUCAGUUUUUUCAACGAAGAAUAUUUGUGAAAUAUUUCUUCAAACUUAUUAUGAUUAAAUUUCAAAAAAAAUAUUCUGGCAAAUCUAGAAAAUCUGUAGAAUCAAAUUUAAAUCUUAUUUCAAAGUCUUUUGAAUUUCUUUUAAAAUUUUGAAGAAAUAAUGAUUUGUCUUUGUUAGAAAUAUAGCUUGGUCCAAUUUGUUAUAUAUUCUAACAAAGUGCAGAUUGGAUUUUAACCUAUUUAAAACAUCCAUCCAUCCAUCCAUUUUCUACCGCUUAUUCCCUUUCGGGUUCGCGGGGGGCGCUGGCGCCUAUCUCAGCUACAAUCGGGCAGAAGGCGGGGUACACCCUGGACAAGUCGCCACCUCAUCAAAAUUUUUAAAUCAAUCUUAAUCAGGAAAAAUGACUAAUGAUGUUCCAUAAAUUAUUUUUUUUAAUUUUUUCAAAAAUAUUCAAAUUAGCUAGAUUUUCUCUUCAUUUUUUUGGGUUGAAUUUUGAAUUUUAAAGAGUCGAAAUUGAAGAUAAACUAUGUUUCAAAAUAAAAUUUUCAUUUUUUUUUCAUGUUUUCUCCUCUUUUAAACCGUUCAAUUAAGUGUUUUUUUUCAUCAUGUAUUCUCUACAAAAAACCUUCCGUAAAAGGAAAAAAAAUGUACGACGGAAUGACGGACAAAUACUCAUUUUUAAUAUAUAUAUAUAUAUAUAUAUAUAUAUAUAUAUAUAUAUAUAUAAAUAUAUAUAUAUAUAUAUAUAUAUAGAUUUAUUUAUUAAAGGUAAAUUGAGCAAAUUGUACCGAUCCGUUGUGGUGAAGAAGGAGCUGAGCCGGAAGGCAAAGCUCUCAAUUUACCGGUCGAUCUACGUUCCCAUCCUCACCUAUGGUCAUGAGCUUUGGGUCAUGACCGAAAGGAUAAGAUCACGGGUACAAGCGGCCGAAAUGAGUUUGGGGCUCUCCCUUAGAGAUAGGGUGAGAAGCUCUGCCAUCCGGGAGGAACUCAAAGUAAAGCCGCUGCUCCUCCACAUGGAGAGGAGCCAGAUGAGGUGGUUCGGGCAUCUGGUCAGGAGGGAGGUGUUUAGGGCACGUCCAACCGGUAGGAGGCCACGGGGAAGACCCAGGACACGUUGGGAAGACUAUGUCUCCCGGCUGGCCUGGGAACGCCUCGGGAUCCCCCGGGAAGAGCUAGACGAAGUGGCUGGGGAGAGGCCUGCUUAGGCUGCUGCCCCCGCGACCCGACCUCGGAUAAGCGGAAGAUGAUGGAUGGAUGAGCAAAUUGGCUAUUUCUGGCAAUUUAUUGAAGUGUGUAUCAAACUGGUAGCCCUUCGCAUUAAACAGUACCCAAGAAGUGGCUUUUGCUUUCAAAAAGACCCCCGAAAUAAGUGAAAUGACAAUCUCGCGGCACACUAGAGGUUGAAAAACACUGUUUUAUAAUAACUUUCUGCCUCCUGAAUGUCACUUUUUGGAAGGUAAUGCAUAUUGGAUUAAGCUAAAAAGGUUUAAAAAUGAUAAUAUGUAUCAAACUCUCCAGCACUCACCACUCUUUGCUGCGGUCGCUUGGCAGAAAAAAAUAAGACGUCAUUCCGACUGCGGGGUCAGGCCAUGACUUUUUCAUUUUUCUUAUUUUUGGCCCUCGUUUUUGACACACUUUUUUUUUGCGAGACAACUCCUGACGCCCACCUCUCGAAGCGGGAGUGCAAACAAAACGGGUGUCAUGGCAACCCGAUGCUGUAAACACACAUGAUCUUACAACUCAAGCCAUUCUUAAGGACUAUUUGUCAGGAUCUUCUCUAGGCUUAAAAGGACAUAACCCCCCCACUCGUUCGAAAAAAAAUGACAAGUGGGGGGAGGACGAGGAGGACUUUGCUGCUGUAUCACCUGCUGUGACCUUCCAGCAGGGGCAUUUGCUGUGUUCUUACUCUUUUUUUUUUUUGUAUGUUCCUUCUUUCAUAGGUUUUAUAAGCAUCAUAUGUUAUAUGAAUAUAUAUGCCAUAUUUUCUAUAUUUAUGUCACUGCCUUUGUCUUUGAGGUGUGUCUUUGUGCCGUAUUCAUAUUCACAACGAGGAAAAACUAUUCUCACGACUUUUGGAGUAUUUAUUAGCCACGGAUAGUUUGCUCUCAGCACACCUUUUUUUUUGUAUGUUUUUUUUUGUCAGCACGACUGAGAUUCAUUGUGACGGUUCACUUUUUCCUAUAAAAGUGAAGAAAAAGAAACCAGAUGUCCGAUUUGGGAUAAAGCACACACACACAUAUUGUGUUAUUGUGGACUCUUAAUCCCUCCUAAUGAUGAUGGUAAUGAUUUUAUGAACAGGCAAUUUACCUGAAAAUAAUUCCAGUAGCUGCUACAUUUUGUCCAUCCAUAAACAACCUGAGAGGAAGAGAAAUAAAGAGAGAAAUAAAAGACUAAGUACGACUACAGGCAUUGUUGACUUCAUAUUAAACAUUUUCUUGUGUCAAAAUACAAACCCCGUUUCCAUAUGAGUUGGGAAAUUGUGUUAGAUGUAAAUAUAAACGGAAUACAAUGAUUUGCAAAUCAUUUUCAACCCAUAUUCAGUCCAAAGACAACAUAUUUGAUGUUCACACUCAUUUUUUUUGGCAAUUAAUAAUUAACUUAGAAUUUCAUGGCUGCAACACGUGCCAAAGUAGUUGGGAAAGGGCAUGUUCACCACUGUGUUACAUCACAUUUUCCUAUAACAACACUCAAUAAACGUUUGGGAACUGAGGAAAGUAAUUGUUGAAGCUUUGAAAGUGGAAUUCUUUCCCAUUCUUGUUUUAUGUAGAGCUUCAAUGUUUACUUAUACAGCCCUAAAUCACUAGUGUCUCAAAGGGCUGCAAAAACCACUACGACAUCCUCGGUAGGCCCACAUAAGGGCAAGGAAAACUCACACCCAGUGGGACGUCGGUGACAAUGAUGACUAUGAGAACCUUGGAGAGGAGGAAAGCAAUGGAUGUCGAGCGGGUCUAACAUGAUACUGUGAAAGUUCAAUCCAUAAUGGAUCCAACACAGUCGCGAGAGUCCAGUCCAAAGCGGAUCCAACACAGCAGCGAGAGUCCCGUUCACAGCGGAGCCAGCAGGAAACCAUCCCAAGCGGAGGCGGAUCAGCAGCGCAGAGAUGUCCCCAGCUGAUACACAGGCAAGCAGUACAUGGCCCGGCAAGAAAUCUGCGUUCAAAGGACUCCGGCUUAUUAGUGAUUCCCAAAGCCCAAAAAAAGUCUGCGGGCUGUAGAGCUUUUUCAUUUCGGGCUCCAGUACUCUGGAAUGCCCUCCCGGUAACAGUUCGCGAUGCCACCUCAGUAGAAGCAUUUAAGUCUCACCUUAAAACUUAUUUGUAUACUCUAGCCUUUAAAUAGACUCCCUUUUAGACCAGUUGAUCUGCCGUUUCUUUUCUUUUUCUUCUAUGUCCCACUCUCCUUUGUGGAGGGAGUCCGGUCCGAUCCGGUGGCCAUGUACUGCUCGCCUGUCGUUCAACAGUCCGGGGUCUCCGCUGUCGUAUUUACGCUUCAUAAUGCGCCACACAUUUUCCAUGGGAGACAGGUCUGGAUUGCAGGCGGGCCCGGAAAGUACCCGCACUCUUUUUUUACGAAGCCAUGCUGUUGUAACACUUGUCUUGCUGAAAUAAGCAGGGGCGUCCACGAUAACGUUGCUUGGAUGACAACAUAUGUUGCUCCAAAACCUGUAUGUACCUUUCAGCAUUAAUGGUGCCUUUACAGAUGUGCAAGUUAUGCCUUGGGCACUAAUACACCCUCAUACCAUCACAGAUGCUGGCUUUUCAACUUUACGCCUAUAACAACCCGAAUGGUUAUUUUGCUCUUUGUUCCGGAGGACACCACGUCCACAGUUUCCAAAUAUAAUUUGAAAUGUGGACUCGUCAGACCACAGAACACUUUUCCACUUUGCAUCAGUCCAUCUUAGAUGAGCUCGGGCCCAGCCAAGCCAGCGACGUUCCUGGGUGUUGUUGAUAAAUGGGUUUUGCUUUGCAUAGUAGAGUUUUAACUUGCAUUUACAGAUGUAGCGACCAACUGUAGUUACUGACAGUGGUUUUAUGAAGUGUUCCUGAACCCAUGUGGUGAUAGCCUUUACACACUGAUGUCGGUUUUUGAUGCAGUGCCGCCUGAGGGGUCAAAGGUCUGUAAUAUCGCUUACGUGCAGUGAUUUCUCCAGAUUCUAUGAACCUUUUGAUGGUUUUACAAACCGUGGAUGGUAAAAUCCCUAAAUUCCUUGCAAUAGAUCAUUGAGAAAUGUUGUUCUAAAACUGUUCGACAAUUUGCUUACAAAGUGGUGACCCUCCCCCCCAUCCUUGUUUGUGAAUUACUGAGCAUUUCAUGGCAGCUGUUUUUAUACCCAAUCAUGGCACCCACCUGUUCCCAAUUAGCCUGCACACCUGUGGGAUGUUCCAAAUAAGUGUUUGAUGAGCAUUCCUCAACUUUCAGUAUUUAUUGCCACCUUUCCCAACUUCUUUGUCACGUGUUGCUGGCCUCAAAUUCUAAAGUUAAUGAUUAUUUGCAAAAAAAAAAAAUUGUUUAUCAGUUUGAACAUCAAAUAUGUUGUCUUUGUAGCAUAUUCAACUGAAUAUGGGUUGAAAAUGAUUUGCAAAUCAUUGUAUUCCGUUUAUAUUUACAUCGAACACAAUUUCCCAACUCAUAUGGAAACGGGGUUUUCCAGGGACAUUUUAUUUGAAUAUAAACAUUAAAUAAAGAUAAAUAUGUCACCUGACGGUUCACUUUUUCCUAUAAAAGUGAAGAAAAAAGAAACCACAUACCUGAUGUGGGUUAAAGCACACACAUAUUGUGUUCUUGUGGAUUUUAGUCCCUCCUAAUAAUGAUGGUUAUGAUUUUAUUUUCAGGUAAUUUACCUGAAAAAUAAUUCCAGUAGCUGCUACAUUUUGUCCAUCCAUAAACAACCUGAGAGGAAGAGAAACAAAAACAAAGUACAACUACAACAGGCAUUGUUGACUUCAUAUUUAACAUUUUCAUGUGCCAAAAUAAACACUUUCUAGAGGUGACGUUUUAGUUGAACAUAAACAUAAAAUAAAGAUAAAAAUGUUACCUGACGGUUCACUUUUUCCUAUAAAAGUGGAAAAAAAGAAACCAGAUACCUGGUUAAAGCACACACAUAUUGUGUUAUUGUGGAUUUUAGUCCCUCCUAAUAAUGAUGGUUAUGAUUUUAUUUUCAGGUAAUUUACCUGAAAAAUAAGUCCAGUAGCUGCUACAUUUUGUCCAUCCAUAAACAACCUGAGAGGAAGAGAAACAAAAACAAAGUACAACUACAACAGGCAUUGUUGACUUCAUAUUUAACUUUUCUUGUGCCAAAAUAAAACUUCUCCAGGUGACGUUUUAGUUGAACAUAAACAUAAAAUAAAGAGAAAAAUGUUACCUGGCGGUUCACUUUUUCCUAUAAAAGUGAAAAAAAGAAACCAGAUACCUGGUUAAAGCACACACAUAUUGUGUUAUUGUGGACUCUUAACCCAUUCUAAUAAUGAUGGUUAUGAUUUUAUUUUCAGGUAAUUUACCUGAAAAUAAUUCCAGUAGCUGCUACAUUUUGUCCAUCAUAAACAACCUGAGAGGAAGAGAAACAAAAACAAAGUACAACUACAACAACUUUUUUUUGUGCCAAAAUAAAACACUUUCUCUAGGUGACGGUUUAUUUGAAGAUAAACAUUAAAUAAAGAUAAAUAUGUUACCUGUGUAUUUGGUCCUGUCCGGGCUCCCGUGGACAUUUCUGACAUGAGUCACCACGACGACAAUGGGUAAAAAAAACAAGGUUGCAAAGGUUCCCUGGUAAAUGAAAGGUUGUCCAAACAAACCCAAGCUACACCAGCCAGACAAGCUACACACACUUUUUUUUUAAAUGUGUCAGAUUUGGGUUUGAAUAAAAUAUGUAAAUCACCAGAAAAUGUAGUUGUAACACAAAAUAUGCAUUGAUUCCUUCAUAUGUUUAUGUACAAAAUGCCAUAACGCUGCUCAUGCAUAUUUAUUUCACUCACAUGUUUAAUUGUAUUAAAAAUGCCUAAAUUA